CGAACUCGAUCGCGAUAUCGAGAAGGACUCGAUCAAACCCCUGCGGUAUAUAUAACCAUCUAAAUUCCCCUCUCCCCGCUGAUGGUUUCGUCAGACUUGAGCUCGCGCUACAACAUUCGCACAGUACCUUUAGCUAUAAGUAUUUAUUUGUACAGAUAUCUUUCGGUCUUUUAUAACAUUUGUGUACUUUUACUUUUACAUCAGUGAUUUUACCUCGCAUUUGUACUGCUAUAGAUGAUAUUAGUACACCUUGCUUGAGCACACGCAUCCAUGGUUCCUCCUGUAGCUGCACACGAAAGUAAAACUCCAAAUCCACUUCAAGAACAUGAUGAUCAACCACAGCAUUCAGCGGAUGGUGAGCCCGCAGGUCAGCCUCCAGAAACUCGUCAAAUUCACCCUUUAGCGAUUACAGUUCCCGAUUCAGACACUGGUGCAGUUGAUGCGACAGAAAUGAGUGAUGGUAAUCCUGAACCACCAAUAAUAUUGCCAGAUUCAGAUGAUCAUCACCAGGUCCUUAGUGGAGAGAAGAAUGUACAACCUAUUACCGAUGAGAGAAAAAAAAAAAGAAAAAAAGGAAGAAGCAGAAGAGACCGGGUAAUGCAAAACGCCGUCGAUUGUACUUGAAGAAACUAAGACUAUCGAUGAAUGACUCGUAGU